AUGCAGUUCUCAGUAGGACUAAGUUUCUGUCUGCUGGCCUUCAUUCUGCUGUCUGUCGUCCCUCAGCCAGGCCAGGGCCAAGGUAAGUACCAGGGCCAAAGGGGGCCAACGGGGGCCAGUCAGGGCCAGGUGGGGCCAGGCGAGGCCAGGUGGGGCCAGGUGGGGCCAAGCGGGGCCAAGCGGGGCCAGGUGGGGCCAAGCGGGGUCAAGCGGGGCCAGGUGGGGCCAAGCGGGGCCAGGCGGGGCCAGGCAAGGCCAGGUGGGGCCAAGCGGGGCCAGGUGGGGCCAUACAGGGCAAAACAUGGCUUUCCAUUGCAGGUUUCGUCCCCACGAAGGUUUCGGGCUAAAGUCCAGGGUCCGAGCGCGCUGCACGUCUCCUGGAAAGAGCCCAAAGGAGACUUUGAGAGCUACAGAGUCGUUUACACCACGCAGCCAGGUGGCCAGCAGACGGAGGUUCAGGUGUCGAAGCAGGAGGGCAAACUGCUGAUCCAGAACUUCGACCCGUCUAAAGAAUACAGCUUCAGGAUCACGGCGGUGAGCGGAGGGCAGGAGAGCAAACCCCUGCAGGCCAAACAUGAAGCCCAGCGGUCGGGGGUGGAGAUGGUUCAGCCUCAGCAGAGGGAAGACAGCGGCGUCACCGAGGAGAACAACGAGAUCUCAGAAGCUGAGGACACGUUCACCUGUAAGACGGUGGCCAUCGCCGACAUCGUGAUCCUGGUCGACGGGUCCUGGAGCAUCGGCCGGAUCAACUUCCGGCUGGUCAGGAUGUUCCUGGAGAACCUGGUCAAGGCCUUCCAGGUGGAGUUCGACCGCACCAGGAUCGGUCUGGCUCAGUACAGUGGAGAUCCCAGGAUUGAGUGGCAUCUCAACGCUCACACCACUAAAGAGGCCGUGAUCGACGCUGUGAAGAACCUGCCGUACAAAGGAGGAAACACACUCACAGGUCUGGCUCUGACCUACAUCCUGGAGAACAGCUUCAAGCCCGAGUCCGGAUCCAGACCCGGCGUUCCCAAGAUCGGGAUCCUGAUCACGGACGGGAAGUCGCAGGACGAUGUGAUUCCUCCGGCUCAGAGCCUGAGGGAGGCCGGCAUCGAGCUGUUCGCCAUCGGUGUGAAGAACGCCGAUGAGAACGAGCUGAAGGCCAUCGCCUCUCCUCCGCUGGAAACUCAUGUGUACAACGUGGCGGACUUCAGCGUGAUGAGCGACAUCGUGGAGGGCCUCACCAAGACCGUGUGCGAGCGAGUCGAGCACCUCGACAAAGUCAUCAAAGGCGGCGGCGAGCCCGGCCCGCCCUCCACCGCCGUGGCUCCGCCCCGUGACCUGGUGACCUCUGAAAUCACGGCUCGCAGUUUCCGGGUGACGUGGACUCACGCGCCGGGCCUGGUGGAGAAAUACCGCGUGGUUUACUACCCGGCCAGCGGAGGGCGGCCUGACGAAAAGGUGGUCCAGGGCACGGAGAACAGCGUGGUGCUCAGUUACCUGAACUCUCUGACAGAGUACCAGGUCGCCGUGUUCGCCGUCUACAGGAGCUCAGCCAGCGAGGCUGUGAGAGGCAGCGCCACCACCUUGGCCCUGCCCAUGGUGAACGACCUGGAGCUGUUUGAUAUCUCCCACAGCACCAUGAGGGUGCGCUGGAAGACCGCCGCCGGGGCUUCUGGGUACAUGAUCCUGUACGCCCCGCUGACCGAGGGAGAUGCCGCGGACGAGAAGGAGGUGAAGGUGGCAGACUCGGUGAGUGAGGUGGAGCUGGAGGGUUUGACCCCUGACACGGAGUACACCGUGACCGUCUAUGCCAUGUACGGAGAGGAGGCCAGCGACCCCAUGACCAGCCAGGAGACCACCUUGCCGCUGACGCCGGCCAAGAACCUGCGCUUCUCAGACGUGGACCACAGCUCCGCCCUCCUCACCUGGGACUCCGCCUCCAGGAAGGUCAACGGCUACCGCAUCAUGUACGUCAAGACCAACGGCGUGCAGACCAACGAGGUGGACGUGGGCCGCGUGACGUCCUGGCUGCUGAGGAACCUGACCUCGCUGACCGAGUACACCGUCGCUGUCUUCGCCGUCUACGACGAGGGCCAAGCCGAGCCGGUGACCGCCAGCUUCACCACAAAGAUGGUGCCAGACCCGCUCGAUAUGAGGAGCCGUGACGUUUCCACCGACAGUUUCUGGGUGUCAUGGCAACACGCCGCCACUGACGUGGUGCUGUACCGACUCACCUGGACGCCCACUGAGGGAGGGGACAGCAAGGAGUCUCUGGUGGACGGACACAUCAACAGCUACCUGAUCACAGGACUCAAACCCAACACCGAGUACGAGGUGCUGCUGACCGCCGUCUACCGGGACGAGUCCGAGAGUGACGACGUCGCUGUCAUCCAGUCCACCGUCGACAGAACGACAACGGUGGCCACCACGACCACGACCACAGCAGCUCCUCGGUACGGCGUGAGGAACCUGCAGAUCAGCGACGAGACCACCUUCAGCCUGCAGGUGUCCUGGCAGAUCGUCGACUCCAGGAACGUCAGGCAUUACCGGCUGAGCUACGUCACGGCCAAGGGAGACCGAGCCGAGGAGACGAGGACGGUGCCGUCGGGUCAGAGCAGCCUGCUGCUGCAGCCGCUGCUGUCAGACACCGAGUACAAAGUGAGCAUCACCCCGGUCUACCAGGACGGAGACGGACCCAGCGUGUCGCGCAUCGGACGGACACUUCCUCUUUCAGCUCCGAGGAACUUGAGGGUUUCAGAGGAAUGGUACAACCGCUUCAGGAUCAGCUGGGACGUCCCGCCAUCGCCCACCAUGGGCUACAGGGUUGUCUACCAGCCUAUCUCUGCUCCUGGUCCGGCCCUCGAGACCUUCGUCGGCGAGGAUGUGAACACCAUGCUGAUCGUCAAUCUGCUGAGCGGGACGGAGUACAGCGUCAAGGUCAUCGCCUCCUACACCACCGGAUCCAGCGAGGCCCUUUCAGGAAGGGCCAAGACAUUGUACCUGGGGGUGACCGGCCUGACUCCCUACCAGGUGAGGAUGAACAGCAUGUGUUCGCAGUGGCAGCCGCACCGUCACGCCAGCACCUACCGGGUGGUGAUCGAGUCCCUGCUCAACGGCCAGCGGCUGGAGACGAAGCUGGGCGGAGGAACCAGCAGACACUGUUUCAACAACCUGAAGGCCAACACGCAGUACAAGAUCAGCGUGUACUCCCAGCUGCAGGACGGCACCGAGGGACCCGCCGUCACCGCCAUCGAGAAGACACUGUCCAUUCCCACCCCGGCGCCAACCAGACCCCCAACCACAACCCCCCCACCCACCAUCCCACCCGCCAAGGAAGUCUGUAAGGCGGCCAAAGCCGACCUGGUCUUCCUGGUCGACGGCUCCUGGAGUAUCGGCGACGACAACUUCCUGAAGAUCAUCGGCUUCCUGUACAGCACGGCCGGAGCUCUGGACCAGAUUGGCCCGGACGGCACGCAGGUGGCCAUCGCCCAGUUCAGUGACGACGCCCGGACGGAGUUCAAGCUGAACUCGUAUAACGACAAGCAGCGGCUGCUGGACGCCAUCAACAGGAUCUCCUACAAGGGAGGAAACACCAAGACAGGUCGGGCCAUCCAGCACGUGAAGGAGAACAUCUUCACGGCGGAGGGAGGGAUGAGGCGGGGAAUCCCCCGGGUGCUGGUGGUCCUCACCGACGGUCGGUCCCAGGACGACGUCAACAAGGUUUCCAAGGAGAUGCAGAUGGAAGGCUACAUCGUGUUCGCCAUCGGCUUCGCUGACGCCGACUACGGCGAGCUGGUGAGCAUCGCCAGCAAACCCAGCGACCGGCACGUGUUCUUCGUGGACGACCUGGACGCCUUCAGGAAGAUCGAGGAGAAGCUGGUGACGUUCGUGUGCGAGGCCGCCACCGCCACUUGUCCCUCGGUGCCGAUGAGCGGCAGCACAACACCAGGUUUCCGGAUGAUGGAGCUGUUUGGAUUGGUGGAGAGUCGCUAUGGCAACGUCGCUGGUGUUUCCAUGGUGCCAGGAACCUUCAACACCUUCCCGUGCUUCCACCUGCACAGCGACGCUCUGCUGGCACAGCCCACCAGGUUCAUCCACCCUGAAGGUCUGCCGUCCGACUACACCAUCAGCCUGCUGUUCCGGCUGCUGCCCGACACGCCGGAGGAGCCGUUCGCCCUCUGGGAGAUCCUCAACAAGAACAACGAGCCGCUGGUGGGAGUCAUCCUGGACAACGGGGGAAAGACGCUGACGUUCUUCAACAGCGACUACAGAGGAGAUUUCCAGACGGUGACCUUCGAGGGCGCCGACAUAAAAAAACUUUUCUACGGCAGUUUCCACAAGCUGCACAUCGCCAUCAGCAAGACGAGCGCCCGCGUUGUGAUCGACUGCAAACUGGUGGCAGAGAAGGGAAUCAACGCCGCAGGAAACAUCACCACCGACGGCCUGGAGGUCCUGGGCAGGAUGGUCCGCUCCAGAGGCAACAGAGACAACUCCGCUCCGUUCCAGCUGCAGUCCUUUGACAUCGUCUGCAGCACCUCCUGGGCCAACAGAGACAAGUGCUGCGAACUUCCUGGUCUGAGGAAGGAGGUAGACUGCCCGGCGCUGCCCAAAGCCUGCACCUGCACCCAGGACAGCAAAGGCCCCCCCGGCCCUGCUGGACCCCCUGGAGGCCCAGGAAUCAGAGGAGCCAGGGGCGAACGUGGAGAGCCAGGCCCAGUGGGCCCGACCGGUCCAGUUGGGGAUACAGGUGUCCCGGGACCCCAGGGACCUCCGGGCCCACAGGGACCCAGUGGACGCUCCAUCAUAGGACCACCUGGAGGACCAGGAGAGAGAGGAGAGAAGGGUGACGCUGGUCUGCCAGGAGCUCAGGGAGUUCCUGGUCCAGCUGGAGCUCCAGGGAGGGAGGGGCUGCCUGGACCCAGAGGACAGCCGGGCAAAGACGGCCCCCCAGGCAGGCAGGGCCCACCCGGCACAAUAGGGACUCCAGGAGCUCCAGGGGCCCCCGGCACCAGCGGCCCUCCAGGGAAACAAGGAGAACUGGGACCACCGGGCCCUCCAGGAAGCAAGGGGGAGAAAGGCGAAAGGGGUGACCUCCAGUCGACGGCGGCAGUCCAAGCCAUCGCCAGGCAGGUCUGUGAGCAGCUGAUCCAGAGCCACAUGGCGCGCUACAACUCCAUCCUGAACCACGUGCCCAGCCAGCCCAUUUCCAUCCGCACGGUGCCGGGACCCCCCGGAGAGCCCGGCCGACAGGGUUCCCCGGGGACCCAGGGAGAGCAGGGGCCCCCCGGAAGACCAGGCUUCCCCGGGUCCAACGGAGAGAACGGACAGCCAGGAGAGAGAGGUCAACCAGGAGAGAAGGGCGAGAAGGGCUCUCAAGGUGUCGGAGUCCAAGGCCCAAGAGGACCUCCAGGACCCCCCGGAGCCCAAGGACAGGGCAGAACCGGCAACCCCGGAACAUCAGGCCGACCCGGUAACCCCGGUACCCCGGGUCGACCCGGUGUGCCCGGCCCCGUGGGCCCCGCAGGGCCUCCAGGCUACUGCGACCAGAACUCCUGUGUGGGCUACAACGUCGGGGUCCAACUGCCGCCCAACACCUACCAGAACUACGGCGAGAUCGAGGAGGAUGACCCCUACCGCUACGGCGGAGCUUACCCAUCUGAGUAUUAUCAGCCCAACUACCCGGCCCCGCGGCCUGUGGCGCCCGGCGACCCUGCGCUCUCUCUGGACGACGUCGAGCUGAGGUCCCCCGGAGUCCACCGCUCCACCCGGAGCCUCAUGGACAGAGAGGCGGAGGAGGGGGGCAGCCUGAAGAGGAGGCUAAAGAGAGGGGCGAAGAAGUUGCUGGGGACUAACUAAUCGAGGGGAGGUGGUUGGAGGAGGGAGGGCCAGCUCGGUGUUUCUGAUUUAGCCGCUCGGAGCCGUUAAGGACUAAUCAACAAGUGCCUGAUGUAGAGGAUUUCUUAUGGACAUUGUAGAGGGGAUGGGGUGGGGGGAUUCCGGUUGGGACGCAGUGCUGUUUCAAUGCCAUCAUUACAAGUCAAUUAACUUUAAAAGAGCUUUUUUAUGUUUAUUUUGUUUUGUUUGUUUUGUCAGUGGAAAGAAGGAGACGUAUUGCCAUGUUACUUCCUGAAAAUGAUUAAGCUGAACUGGGCGUUUGUAUUUCAGAGUCUCCUUCUGGUCCUGGUUCAUGUCUCCGGCUGCUGGGGAGAGAGACAUAAUCUAUGUUUAACUGUUUCUGUGGUCAGAUUCAUAUUCAUAUAUCAUCCUGGUUGGUUAAGUGCCUCCUAAUGAUUUUGCAAGAAGAAAUUUCCAUAAAAAGUACAUAAUGAUCAGUGGUGGAGUGUAAUACUGCAGUAUAAAUACACAGGCCAGUCAGAUACUUGCAUGGUGCAGUUCACUGUCUAACAAUGCAGCCAAUCAGUCUCAUUUACUGCCUCUAAUGCCUAGAUCAGACUGUAGGAGUUUUAAAAUCAUAACCCAUUUUUAGGAGUUUUCAGGAGUUUUUAAAUUCUAAUUUUAAAUCCUAAUUAAAUCCUACAUUAAAUCCUAAUUAUUUGAAAAUUAUUGGGGCGGUGCCGAUGACUCUGAGCUCUCAGGAGGUGAAGAUUGGAUCUGUAAACCCCUCAGAUUAGCAGGUACUCUGGACCGUACAUCGGGACCAGCCAAAGACCCGGACCAGUUUUCUGUCCUGAUUGUUGGGAGCGGUGAAUUUGGGUUAAAUUGGCCCAAAACUCCUGGAGUCUGAACCCGGCUUAAGCUGUACAAACUUAUUAUUUCUCACCCUUUUACAGUCCACUGGGUGAAGAGCUCUAACCACCAUCACUUCAGACUAACAAAAAGUACGCAGCAGUUUAGAUUUGGUACACCAACAAUGUAAAAUUAUGCCGUUUGGAUGGAUAAGCAUGCAGCCUGCCAGCAUGUUUUGACCUGCUCAGCCUUGCCUCUCUGUGUGUAUCUGUAAUAACUGGUGUAGCCUGUGCACUAGCUGAUCACUGGCCAUGAGGAGUAAAUUAAAUAUGUGCAUACGACACGUUGGGAUUGGUGGUGACACAAAACAGGACAACAGCACCAGGAGAAAAGUUGGAAGAAAGUGACGAUAUGCCGAUGAGCACGCCGUUUACAUGCAAGAACCAAUCAUAUUCAUGUAAAAAGCUGGAGAUCGUUGGUCUUCCUGCUGUUACCUGCAGCAACCUAAAAUAUAGCAAGUCACAUCACCAUCACAUAUUCACUUAGCUAAUUGGCUCACUAGAGUAAAAAAAAAAACAAGAUUACGUUGCCCACAAAGUAUGUUUAUGGCAGUGUUGUAGUUAAAUUUGACUCCAAAACAAAUUAAGAACAUAACAAAAUCCUAUCAGUGGUUUUGUUUUGAGGUAUUUUUUUUAAUGGAGGAAAGGUAAAGGAUAGGCGUAAACACAGAGGAAGAGGUCAAAUUUAGGUUUUAACCCUCAAAAAAUUGCAUUAUAUUACAUUUACUUUGUCUGUAAUUGCGCCACAUGAAAAACGCACUUCCUGAGUCACAGUUCAAAUAACUACAACACCGCCCUGUGAAUUAUUUCGAGGCAAAAUAAAAUUUAGAAAAUGAUAAAAUUCAAGGUAGUUCUCCAUAAACAAACAGUCUCACCCAAACUGAGGAGCACAAAUCACCUCAGUUUUUAGCUUCAUACCUGCUGUGGAAACCUGGCCCACAACACUGCAGAGAGCUUGUUAAAUGGGUUUUAUGCUGAUAAUGUUGAUUAUGGCUUCUGCAUUUUUUUUUUUUUUUUUUUUUUUUUUUUAGGACACCCCCAAAGUGUGCAACCAGGUAGUUUCAAGGCUCC